CGUCGACGCACGAGGAGGCCUGCGAUGCAGCAGUAACCCAAGCCGAACAGUCCUUGAUACCGAAUCAACUCAUCUGGCGAGUCUAAGCUCUUCUGAGUUGCUUAAUUCCAGUAUGGCUCCCUCCAAGAGAAAGCUGGCGGGCGAUGAAGUCCCUACCAGUCCAGCGAACAAGCGAUCGAAGUCUGAGACCAAGUUUGAGGUAAAGACGAAAAAGCAAACGCCGGUAGCCGAUCAAGACACAACACAGAAGCCUAAACAUGUGUCUGUCCUUACCAAAGAGCAACCUGCGUUUCCUCGAGGUGGUGCAGGACUACUCACUCCCUUGGAACAAAAGCAAAUCCAGGUGAAAGCUACUAGAGAUGUCGCAAGAGAACGAAAGAGUCAAGAUCUGUUUGGAGGUGCAUCUACACAAAUGGACACAAGUGAUGAAGAACAGAACUCGCUCUCCGGCGUGGAGGUCAAGAAGCCAGCGAAGAAGUCGAAAAAGAGCAAACGUAGACCCGAAAGCUCGACAACCGAUGCUCCCGAGGUGCAGAUCGGAGGUCUGAACUACAAACGCAUAACGACCGACUCGUUGAUUCUUGGUCAAAUCAUAUCUAUCAGCACCAGAACCCUUACACUUGCUUUGCCCAACAACCUAGUAGGAUACGUUCCUCUCACGUCGAUCUCCCCACAAUUCAGCGAGAAGAUCCAGGCUCUGAUCAAGGGGGAUGCGGAUCAAAGUGACGAGGAUGAGGAUAAUGAUGACGAAGAGAGGGAUAUUGCUCUUAAAAAUUAUUUUAGAGUGGGACAAUAUCUGCGAGCGGCAGUGACUUCCACAGAGCAGGAAAAAGGCGCAGGCAGACCAUCAGCUCGAAAGCGCAUUGAGCUAUCCAUCGAGCCGGCCUUGACCAACAUCGGCUUGAAUCGAACAAAUCUUGCCACAGGGGCUACUGUCCAGGUUUCUGUCCGAAGUGUUGAGGACACUGGUUUGGCGGUAGAAUUGGCAUUCAAUGACAACGGAGAGGCGGUGCGCGGUUUCGUCUCGAAGAAGGAGUUACCGGACGAUUUACCGUUGUCUGAUGUUCGGACUGGGACUGUGCUCUUGUGCACCAUUCUUGAGGGUGGUUCAAAGGGCAAAGUCUUGAGGCUCUCUGCAGAUCUGUCAAAGAGUCUGACUGUCAAGUCUGCCCCAUCCAUUGACACCUUCCUUCCGGGCACACGAGCUGAAAUAUUGAUUACACAGCGCCCUGAGUAUGGUCUUGCUGGUAAGAUCAUGGGUAUGCUGGAUGUAACGGCUGACCUAGUGCACUCGGGCUCCUAUAAAGACAAAGAAGCAUUCCUGGCCAAGUUCGAAGUUGGUAAGAAAGUAACUGGCCGGCUGAUCUGUAAUUUCCCUACAUCAGAUGUCAAGAAACUCGGAUUUUCGGUACUGGACGAUCUGGUCGAUUUGAAACCGGACGAAGAACAGUCGACCGAAGCAAACCUCAAACUUGCUUUAUCUUCCGUCAUAGAUGAAGCGACAGUGGUCCGCGUGGAGUCUGGGUUGGGUGUUUACUUGCAGUUGAAUGAGAACCUUAUUGGUUUUGCGCACAUCUCGCGUCUUUCUGAUGAAAAGACCGACACUUUGUCCGAAGCCAGUGGUCCAUUCAAGCUUGGUACUAACCACAAAGCCCGGGUAUUAGAUUACAACCCUAUCGACAAUCUAUACGUCCUCUCACUUCAGCAAAAAGUACUCAAUCAACCAUUCCUCCGCUUUGAUGAUGUGCCAAUCGGAGCUGUGGUCAAAGGAACUGUCGAAAAGAUUAUCAUCGGCUCAAACGGUGUCUCCGGUUUGUUGGUCAAUCUAGCAGAGGGGAUUAGUGGUCUGGUUCCGCAAAUACAUAUGUCUGAUGUUGACCUUAAGCAUCCUGAGAGGAAGUUCCGAGUAGGCCAGACAGUGACGGCAAGAGUGUUGUCAACGGAUCCAGCAAGGCGCCGGCUUAAGCUGACUUUGAAGAAAUCAAUCGUCAACAGCGACCAAAAGGCAUGGCUCCGUUUCGACGACAUCGAGGUUGGGAGUUCCACGGUUGGGACAUUGACCAAGGUGGAUCGCUUUGGCGCAGUCGUCCGGUUUUUUGGCCCAGUACGAGGAUUCCUCCCGGUCCACGAAAUGAGUGAAGCAUAUAUUAAAGACGCUACCGAGCACUUCAGGGUUGGUCAGGUUUUGACCGUCAAUGCUAUCAGCAUCAAUGCAGAGGAUCGACGCCUUACGGUCUCUUGCAGAGAUGCCAACGCCAAUCCAUCAACCGAGAGUGCCCUUGCAGCGCUGAAGCACGGUUCGCUUGUCAGUGGUACUGUAUUCGAAAAAUCGCAGAACGACAUCUUAUUACGACUUGAAGGGUCCGAUGCCAUUGCCCGCCUGACCUUGGAUCAUGUAUCGGAUGGAACACCAAACAAGCGAGCUUCUGCGUUCAACAAGAUUCGCGUUGGUCAGAAGCUGGAGAAUUUGGUUAUUUUACAAGUGCAAGCGAAGAGGAGACUUGUCGUGCUCACGAACAAGCAAAGUCUAGUCAAAGCAGCUCAAGAUGGAACCCUCCUAAAGAGCUACGAGGAGCUUCAGCUCAACGCGCUCGUCACAGGCUACGUGUCUAACAUCACCGAGGAUGGUGUAUUUGUGACCUUUGCCGCAAAUAUUAGUGGUCUUAUCACCCGAAAACAGGUCCCGGUAGAGCAGGAAGAUCAGCAUGACUUUGAUAUGACAAAAUUCCAGCCUGUUACAGCACGGAUUCUCUCAAUUGACUACAAGGGCGCAACUCCCCGAUUUUGGCUCACGAUGCGGGACAGCAUAUCGGAACCAACAACUGAGGAUCCAGCACUGCCACUUCCAGACGUUGUUGAACCUAUUGAUACCAGUCUCAAGACACUGGACGAUCUGUCAGUGGGCAAGUUAACUAAAGUACGAAUCACGUCUGUGAAAGAGACGCAAAUCAACGUUGAGCUCGCAAAAAAUGUUCAGGGACGAAUCGAUGUAUCUGAAGUCUUUGACGAAUGGAAAGAUAUUAAGGAUCGCAAGCGGCCGCUCAAGCACUUCAGCCCUAAGCAAGAACUUAAUGUCAAAAUCCUUGGAGCCCACGACACUAGGAACCAUAGAUUCCUGCCAUUGACGCAUCGACAAGGAAAGAACACAGUCCUUGAGCUUUGCUGUAAACCCAGUUCCGUGUCUGAACCUGGUAAAGCGAACUUGAAGCUGCAAGAUGUAUCUGUCGGCUCCUCGUGGCUUGCCUUCGUCAACAACAUCACAGAAGACUGUCUCUGGGUCAACAUAUCGCCAAGUGUACGGGGAAGAAUCCGAGUGACGGACGUGUCCGAUGAUCUUUCCCUAACCUCAAAUGUAGAGGCAAACUUUCCCGUUGGUUCGGCACUCCGUGUACAUGUUGUAUCUGUGGAUGCUGAGAAGAACCGUCUUGAUCUUACUGCAAGAUCAGAUGCGUCCGUCGGCUCACUCACUAUCAAGGAUAUAUCGAAAGGUCUCAUCCUCCCUGGCCGAGUCACCAAAGUGAGUGAUCGCAAUGUUCUUGUUCAGCUCAGCGAACAUGUUGUGGGCGCUGUCGAACUCAUUGAUAUUGCCGACAACUACAAUGAUGCCAACACUGCAAAAUUCCAGAAGAAUGAUGUCCUUCGAGUCUGUGUACUCGACGUAGACGUUCCCAACAAGAAGGUCAGACUAUCUACGCGUCGGUCCAAAGUUCUGAGCUCGUCAUCUCCAGUCAAUGAUCCUGAUAUCACCUCAAUCGACCAUCUUUCCGUCAAUGAUGUGGUUCGGGGUUUCAUCUGCAACAUCACUGAUAAAGGAGUUUUUGUGACCCUUGGGCACGGCUUCACAGCAUUCGUUAGGGUAAGCCACUUGUCAGAUCAAUAUCUCAAAGAUUGGAAGGACCAUUUCCAGCGAGACCAACUGGUUCAGGGCAAGAUUACCCUGGUCGACAAGGUAUCCGGUCAUAUUCAGAUGAGCCUGAAGCAGUCCGCCUUGGAUCCGAACUAUAAAGCGCCUCUCACCUUCGGCGACUUGCAUGUAGGGGAUAUUGUUACUGCAAAGGUCGUCAAAGUCGAAUCAUUCGGCGUUUUCAUCGUGGUUGACAACUCAGAGAACGUUCGUGGCCUUUGUCACCGUAGCGAAAUCGCCGAGCAGAGGAUAGAAGAUGCCACAAAGCUCUUCAGCGAAGGAGACGCGGUCAAAGCUAAGGUGCUCAAGCUUGAUCCUGCAAAUCGUAGGGUCAAUUUCGGCAUGAAAGCUUCUUAUUUUGCGGAUGUUGCCGGUGUUGAUGCGCCAUCUGGCGACGAAGACGACGAGGAGGAUGGCGUGAAGCUUGAUGAGGUCAUGGACGAUGUGGACAACGACGACGAGGAUGUUGAAGCAAGCGAAGACGACGAUGACGAGCUACAAAUUGACCUCGAGGGAAGCGAGGACGAUGAGGAUGCGGAAGCUGAUGACUCUGAGCUUGAGGCCAGCGACGACGAAACGAAAGCGGCGGGUAGUAAACUAAAAGGUCUCAGUGUUGGCGGCUUCGACUGGACAGGAACGUCUGGAUUGGUCGCUGGUAAAGCCGGAAAGCGUGUCGUUGAAGAUUCUGAAUCAGACAACGAGCAGGCCAGCAAGUCGCACAAGAAGAAGAAGAAGCGAGCGGAAACCGUCGUCGAUCGCACAGCGGACCUUGAUACCAACGGGCCUCAAUCCUCUGAUGACUUUGAGCGUCUUCUUCUUGCCGAGCCCGACUCGGGCGAUCUCUGGCUCCAGUACAUGGCGUUCCAUCUUGGCCUAGAGGAAGUCGACCGUGCCCGUGAGAUUGGCGAACGCGCACUGCGAUCCAUCGGGCUCGGUCCUGGGUCUGAGGAGGAGAAAUUGAAGGUCUGGACCGCGCUUCUCAACCUCGAAGAUGCCCGCGGGGACGACGAGAGCCUCGACGCGAUUUUCAAACGCGCGUUGGAGUACAAUGACCAGCAGCAGAUCUACUCCCGGGUCGCGAGCAUCCUCAUCCAGUCCGGCAAGUACGACAGGGCGAGCGAGAAGUUCAACGAGAUGCUCAAGAAAUUCAAGGCCGACCUGGACGUCUGGGUCAACUACGCGACGUUCCUGUUCGACGUCCUCAACAAACCCGACGAAGCUCGGGACCUGCUGCCCCGUGCGUCCAAGACCCUGCCGUCCACCACCAAGGACAAGAAGGAAGAGAACCGGGCGCGCUUCGAACUGACAAAGUCCUUUGCGCUGUUGGAGUUCAAGUCCAAACACGGCCUGCCCGAACGCGGGCGCACGCUGUUCGAGGGCUUGCUGGCCGAGUACCCAAAACGGUUGGACUUGUUCAACGUCAUCCUCGACCAGGAGGAGAAGUUGGGCGACCAGGAGAAAGUCCGAGAGACGUACGAGCGCGUCCUGGGGGUGAAGCUGAAGCCGGAGCAGGCCAAGCACUUCUUCAAGCGAUGGGUCAAGUUCGAGGAGAAGCGCGGCGGCGGCUCGCGCAAGGUGGAAGAAGUCCAGGCCCGUGCGGCCGAGUGGGCGCGCGAGUACACGGCUCGACAGCAGCAGCAGGUAAGCGAGUAGAUUAGGUAUGUGUUUUUAAGCUACGAAAAAAAUGUGAAUGGG